AUGAAUAUACUGAUAAUAAACUCCAAAUGUUGCCUGCUGGUUUUUAUACUCUGUAGAAUUUGCCACCUGAAAGAAAAUUGCACAACAAUCAAAAGAAGCGGACCAAAUCACAAAACUGGCAUCUUGAAGUCUCAAGCCAACGAAUCCUACCAGAACAACAUCAGGUGCUACUACUACUUCGAAGCGUUGCCAGACGAAAGAGUCGAACUUAACUUCACCGUUUUCGAUGUCAACGGCGUGCCACCGAGAUGUCUUCACGAUUUCAUAGACAUAUACACGCAGCUUGAUAGUUUGAAUGUAAGCCUUCUAGAUGUGCCCUCUCAGGGUAGAUACUGUGGUAAGGACAAGGAGAAUCUGCCUUACUUAAUCAUUUCCGUAAAAAACAUAGCCCUGGUCGACUUCCACACAGACAGUAGUGGAGAUGGCAAAGGUUUUGAGUUGAUCUAUCGAUUCUUUUCAGAUGCCAUAUACAAAGUGGGUACUAAACUGCAGCAAUACCUCUGCGGAUUCCUGAUUAGUGACCUAAAAGAGGGCACCAUCUUGUCCCCAACCUACCCCGGCAUCUACCCGGACAACAUCAUGUGCUUCUACAAGUUUCAGGGUGAGGUUGGAGAAAGAAUCAAGUUGACCUUCAACGACAUUGACCUUUAUUCAGGGGGUAAUUACUGUCCGUUCGACCACAUAAAAAUUUACGACGGGCCCAACAAUGAAGCCCACGUCAUCGACACCAUCUGUGGCAGCCGGAAGGUCCCUAUUGCUUUUUACUCCAAUGGAAACUACCUGCAAAUAUUCACGGUUGGUGAGAGUGACGAGACACCAUCGCAACUGAGGGGUUUCAACGCCUCAUUUGAAAUCGGGACUCGAUUUGUCGAUUUGAGUUUAGUAACUCUUCUUUGA